CAUUUUAGUGAGGAAAAUUUUCCCAGAAAACUCACUUUACUCUUCUGUCUCUCGCUGGCUCCGUCUCUCUGCAUUAGAACGGAACAAACAGAAAGAAGAGAGAAAACGAAGAGAACCCUAAUGUUUUGAAUUGUGCUUGAGAAAACCAGCAUUUAGGGUUAAACUGUGUUGAAUCUGCUUCGAUUGGAGGAUUUCUAGGGUUUUGAUGGAGUGAGAGGGCACAAGAUCUGCAACGGAAGACUCUCGAAACGACGCAUCUAUGGCUUCGGCGGAUAAGGAGCAAGAGCUCGAAGAGCAACUUCUAGAAGCUGGAAACAAGCUCGUAGAUCCUCCUUCCUCCGUCGAAGAACUACUUCAACUUCUGGAUCGGGUUGAGAGUUGCCUAUCAAGGGUUGAACAAUCCCCUAGCAAAUCUAUGCAAAAUGCUCUCUCACCGUCAUUGAAAGCAUUAAUUGCUGAUACACUUUUAGGGCAUCCUGAUGUUGAUGUCAAAGUUGCAGUUGCCUCUUGCAUAAGUGAGAUAACAAGAAUCACUGCACCUGAAGCACCUUAUGAUGAUGACCAAAUGAAGGAGGUCUUUCGAUUAAUUGUAUCUUCAUUUGAAAAUCUACAUGAUAAGUUAAGCCAAUCAUAUACCAAAAGGACUGUAAUUCUCGAGACAGUUUCCAAAGUUAGGUCAUGUGUGGUAAUGCUGGAUCUUGAAUGUGAUGAUCUGAUUUUGGAGAUGUUUCAGCAUUUCUUUAAGGCAAUAAGGGAUCAUCAUCCAAAGAAUGUUUUUUCAUCAAUGGAAACUAUAAUGAUCCUUGUUCUAGAGGAAAGUGAAGAUAUAUCCUUGGACUUGCUCUCUCCAAUCUUAGCAAGUGUAAAGAAAGACAAUGAGGAUGUUUUGCCAAUUGCUCGAAGGUUGGGGGAGAAUGUUCUUGAAAGUUGUGCAACCAGGCUUAGACCUUAUUUAAGGCAAGCAGUGAAUACCUUGGGUAUUUCCUUGGAUGAUUAUAGUAAUGUUCUUGCUUCAAUAUGCCAAGAUACAUCUGGUAGCUUGGAGCAAAAUGAUGCAUGUGUUACUAGUGAUCACGUGGAAGAUGCAAACAAAUCAGGGAAAGAGCCAGUGGAGGAAUCGGUUCAGGUGGACAGAGAGAAUUUGAAAGAAGCUGCACCACCUCAACAGGAUAAUUCUGUUGGUGACAUGUCUCCUAAGUCAGUCAUGAGUAAUGGCAUUGCACAAGCUGGAGAAGAUGAUGCUAUGGUAGAUCCGAAGUCCUUAAAGAAGCAUGAUGAUACUGAUUGUCCUGCUCAGUCUGAAGGUAUUAAUAUAUCAUGUAGUGAGGAGCCCAAUGAUGUGGACACCGAAAAAGUCGACAAUAAUGAAGAAAAAGUCGACAAUAAUGAAGAAAAAGUUGACAAUAAUGAAGAAAAAGUUGACAACAAUGAUGAAAAAGUUGACAAUAAUGAUGAAAGAGUUGAUAAUAAUGAAAAAAUUGACAAUAAUGAUGACAAAAUUGGCAAUAGUGAACAAAAGCCAGAAAAAUCCACCAAGAGAAGAGGAAGGAAACCUAGUUAUUCAAAAUUGUCGGAGCCUUCUAAGGGUUCAAAUCUUGCUAACAAGAAGGAAGCUGAGAAAAUGAUUGACUCUGAAAGUGAUCGAAAGGAAGUUCCCAAUUCUCCUCAUGAGGAUGAUUGCGUUGAGGCUGUAGGUCCUUCAGAGAAUGACAAAGAGAAUGAUGCUAAGAUUUCAUCACCCAAAGCAGGUGAUGGUGAAUCUGAUGCUGUUGCUUCUCCGUCACCAAGUGAAAGCAUACACAAUGAAGAUCGCUCAAAGAAACGUGGGCGGUCAAAGAAGAUGGAAAACUCUGCAAAAGAAGUGGACACAGGUGCAGAAAUUGUUUCAAAAAAGGUUUCUGACGGAAAAAGUGAUUCAGAAGCAAAGCCUUUGAGACCAUCAGCCAAAAAGGGAACCGGUCAUACCUCUGUGAAAAAAACUACUGUGGUAAAUACAGUUAAAAGAGGAAGUGAGGCUACUAGUGAUCCACCAGAUGGAAAAAAGCACCCAGCUAAGAAAGCCGAAGAUAGAAACAAGGUUGGUGUUGGUUCGUCUUCUACACAGUUGGAGGACAAGAAAAAAAAGGGGCGGGGAAAAGUUACCACUGGAAAGGGUCUAGCAAAAUCUUCUGCUAUGGAUGAAGAUAUGGAAAUGGUCUCUUCACCGAAGUCUGCCACAAAAUCAACUAAAGACAACCAUUUGGAGGAGACUCCUAAGACAAAUUUGAAGAGGAAACGUACUCCAGGAAAAGAAAAUAUGCCUGAUACCAUUAAAUAUGAUGGAGACCUUGUUGGUAAACGGGUUAAAGUUUGGUGGCCAGACGAUGAAAUGUUUUAUGAAGGUGUUGUCAGUUAUUAUUAUCCUUCUCCCCAUAAGAGGCACCAGAUUGUUUAUGAUGAUGGUGAUGAGGAAAUACUAGUUCUUAAAGAAGAAAGAUGGGAUUUCAUUGGAACUGGUGUUGAUUCGGACAGGGGAGAAGGAACUGAUCACACAAGUCCUGUUGCUUCUGCUGAUUUGCUGCCUAAAAAGAAAGGGAAAACAAGUGCUGGUGAAUUUAAAAAGGAAGGAAAGAGGGGUUCUUCUAAAAGUGGAGGAGCCUCUUCCAGUAAAUCAAAAGGUGUAUCCGUGAAGUCUGGCAAGUCCAAAGAUGGCAGCAAAGCUAGUCGUAAAUCAAAAGAUUCCAAGACUUCUGUGAAAUCUGAGGAUGAAGUUAGUAGAAAAUCUAAGGAUCAUUCUCCGAAAAGUGGUGGCAGUAAAUCUAUUGAUGCUUCACAAAAAAGAAAAUCGAAGAACAUGGAUAGUUCCAAGAUAAGCAAAUCGAAGGAUGAUGUUAGCACACCAAAAUCCUCUGCCAAGUCUAAGCAAGAAACUUCGAAAACUGGAAAAUCCAAGCAAGAAACUUCUAAGACUGCUUCAUCCUCCAAAGCAAAAUCUACCAAAAGUAGUGGGAAGUCUAAUACUAAUGGCAUGGGCAAGGUGAAAUCUAAUUUGUUGAAAACAGCCGAUUCAGAGAUCGAGCAGUCCGAGGAUUCUAUGAAAGAGUUAGAAUACACAAAGGGUAAGACAUCAAGUUCAUCCAAGGCUGGAAGUGAGGUCAAGAGUGGAAAGAAACGUGGAAGAAACUAGAAGUUCAUAUUUACUCUCACUGUUCAUUCCUUGGCUGCUUGCUCAUUUUCUGCUCAUCAACAUUUUGGAUAUUCCUUUCUGUCUGUGCCCUCUAUUUAAACUUGUGCUAAUCCCCUAAUUAUUGGUAGCAUUUUUAUCUGUAGUCAGGCUAGUUUAGUGCUAGUAAAGCUAGUAUCAACUGUUCAUUUCUCCCCUUUCUAGGUGGAUUUUAUUUUAUGGUGGUUGAAGAGAACAUUUGGUUAGCAACCUUCAAAAAAUAUUUUGGUUCUUCCUGAUAAUGACAGGUUGACAAUACUUUCCUACAGUCUUGUAUGAUAAUGUGCGCUAAGCAGUAUACAUUAGAGUUGGGGCACUAGCCGUGGAGGAUAACUUGGCCCGAUUUAUUUGGUUCUGAUGUUCAUGUCAUAGUAAAUGGAAAUCACAGUGCUAUAUUAGUACAGCAA